AUGGUUUUGAGCGUCUCGGCCUCAGAUGCCUCGCCACCCCAGACCAACGGCCAGGGCGAGAAGCGCAAAGCCGAGGGAGGGACGCCGGGCGACGGACAACCGCACACAAGGUCGAAGAGGAACAGAUACAUUUCUAUCGCAUGCAACGAAUGCAAACGCCGCAAGAUCAAGUGCAAUGGCCAGACGCCGUGCCAGCGAUGCGGCAAUCUCUCGCUCGAGUGCAUCUAUGCUCCAAACUGUUGCACCAACUCCCUCAAGGACUCGGCUGAGUUCAACCAGAUGCGGGAGCACAUCGCAGCCUUGCAGGACCAAGUCAACGAGCUCUAUGCCAGUCUGAACGAACUUCGAAGCCGGACAGAUGCCGCGUUUUCGGCGUCCGUCGACCCUCACUUCUCAUCGGACGGCACGGGUCGCUCCAUGUCCUUGUCUGUGUCGCGCACGCUUCCUCCACAUAUCUCCCCGAAGAAACCUCCGCCGAAGGCGUUGCCUCAAUUCCAUGGGCCUACCAGUACCCUGUACGGGUUGGACGUCGCAAAGUCUUCUCUACAGACCAUGGGCAUCACACACAAUGCGGCGGAGGACGGCAUGGUGUCUCGUGAACGAAGCCGAGCAGCCUCACCUACGCUUUUACUGCCUCCACAUCCGACGAAAGACCCUCUGUGGCUGUUUGAUCUCGCCGAAGUCACAAGACUCCUGCGCGUUUACGACGAGGAGAUCGGUAUCAUGUAUCCUGUGGUAGACUCUGAGAGACUGCUCAAGCAUGCAACUUCAUUAUACAAGUUUAUCGCGGCGUCGCUACGCUCAGGCUUUGGACAGCCAGGACUACCGGGUGCUGAUACCUUUGACGACGAAGAGACAACAGUUCUAAAACUCGUUCUCGCCAUCACUCUGGUAGUCGAAGGCAAUGGCCGAAGUGAGAUGGGCCAAAGAUUUUUCGACGCUGCAAAGGGAGCCACAGAUCUAAAACUUGUUAUGGCGUUGGAUCUAAAGUCGGUGAUGCUGACUGUGCUGACGGCUACUUUCUACUUCCAAAAGGAUGAGGAGGUCCAGGCCUGGCGGUUCAUUGGCAUCGCUGCGCGCAUGUGCAUUGAGAUGGGCCUCCACAGGAAGGAUUCUCUACUCAGAUCUUUCACCAACGAAGCCGAGUAUCAGCAAGCGGUGCGGAUCUUCUGGACAGUUUAUGCACUUGAUCGGCGCUGGAGUUUCGGGACGGGAAUGCCGUUUGCUUUGCAAGAUGCAGACAUUGGACCUGCAUUGCCGGAGCCUGAUGAGAGUCACCCAUAUCUGAAGCACAUCACCAAAUACAACCAAAUCGCGACCAAAGUGUGGUAUCAUAACCUCUCUUAUGAGGCGGGACAGAACAACAAAAAGGACGAGAUAGGUUUUUUGGACUAUCAAAUCCUACAAUGGUACCAGCAGCUCCCAGACUCGCUACAGUUUAACAACCACGACCUUGCGCGGGAGAGUGAUAUCCCCGGACGCGGUGUGCGGCGGCUCCGCUUGCUCAUGUAUCUACGCAAGAAUCAAGCGCGCAUAUCUAUCUACCGACCUGUGCUUCACUCGGCGACUAAUAUCAUGGAAAACCGACACUACGCACAGAACGUGGUCGAGGUCGCCAAAGAAACCAUCACCACGCUUACCGCAGUCAAUCAGGUCUCCGAUAUCUACAAGACACAGCAAAUCCUGUACAACUAUUUCCUGGUUCAAGCCUUGGCCGUGCUGUUCCUUUCGGUGGCCCAUGCGCCCGCUCUCUUCGUUUCCCAAACAAGGCAGGAAUUCUACGCCGCAAUCGAGAUAGUGAAGGGCUUCAGCACCAAGUCUCACGUAUCGAAGCGACUCUGGAGGACUAUCCGUGGUCUGAAGGAUAUGGGUGACAAGAUUGGUCUGUUGGCACGGGCGGGUAACUCGCUGAAUGACGCAGAGCAAGAUGCACAUUCCGAUGCAGCUGUGGCGAUGGCGGGUCUGGCCGGGCACAAGAUCGACUACAAUUCAUAUGGAAACCCGCAUCAUACUAACGUGAAUCAAGAGCUUGGAGUCAGUCCGGACGACGCACUUCAAAUCACAAACGAGUUGUCGAGUCUGUUCGAGCUUGCGGGCGGAUACAGUGCUCCGACACCUGGUCCGGAAGCAUUCCAUUUCGUGGGCGCGAGUGCGGAUGUUGGUUUGGGAGAAGGCUUUAAUGCCUUUGGCAAUGAGCCCGAAUUGACGAGGAUCGUGAAUGAGUUGUUCUGA